CUAUACCAUGGGUCAUUUAGCAAUGUCCGAUCGUAGCAGUACCACCAGCGUUGAGACUUCAAUGUCUGCUGCGAAACAACAACAACAAACAGAAUUGAAACAUCGUCUUACGGCCAAUGGCAAAAGUUCAGCUGCCGCCAAUGGAUUCCCCGCCAAGAAUGGUCAACCUUUAGUUUCGGCCGUCGAUGGUGAGGUGAAAAAUAUCGAACAGAAACACCAUGUCGAUUUGGAAGAGUACACUAAAAACUUCAAAGGCGAUCGUGUUUUUGGCAUCCAAUUUAAGGCACCGCUCAAGUGGGGUAACAUCAUUAUGAUCUCCCUGCUGCAUUUGUUCUUCGUCUAUGCCUAUGUCACAUUCCCAUUGGAUAAGCUGAGAGUUCCAUCGGUUCUAUUUGGUAAGUAA